UUGGCAACUCCAAAUACGGUUACGUGCCUGCAAAAUUUACGGAGCAGCAAGCAAGAUCGAAUAGUACUCCUAGUCUCCUACACUCAAUCGAUCAUGCUGGUAAUGGAGGCAUCGUCGGUGUUCACCGCCUUCGACAAGGACGGGGACGGCAAAGUGUCCGCCUCCGAGCUGCGGUGCGGCCUGGAGUCGAUCCUGGGCGAGGACGUGGCGGAGGAGGAUGCGGCGGCGAUCCUCGCUGCAGCGGACGCCGACGGCGACGGGCUGCUGAACCAAGAAGAGUUCUCGAGGCUAGCCGCCGACGCCCACGAGAACGACGACGACGUUGCCAAACGAAGGUGCUUGAUGGAGGCGUUCGGGAUGUACGCAGCGUCCUCGUCCACGGAAGACAUGGCGACGACAAUGAUCACGCCGGCGAGCCUGGGGCGGACGCUGAGCAGGCUGGGUUCGCACGAGCUGGGCGUGGAGGAGUGCAGAGCCAUGAUCUGCAGGUUCGAUCUCGACGGCGACGGCGCCCUCUCAUUCGACGAGUUCAGGGUCAUGAUGAUGGCAUAA